CAAACAACGGUCAGCACUCGGAAGAGUUUUGCAAACGAAUUGCGAGCAAAGCAUUAUCGCGUUAAACCCAACCAGAAAUCCAACCAUGUUCCGAGCACUGUUCCUGAUUGCCUUGGUUCCGGCACUGGUGUACGGUAAUGUGACCCGCGCCUGCACGGGAGGUCGUCCACAACCGUUCAGCGUGAACAUUGAAGGAUGUAGUGCGGCUCCCUGUGAUCUGGUUCGAGGACAGGAUGUGAUCGCUUUGAUUGAUUUUACAACCGACCGUGCCGUUACAUCGAUGACUACCGUGGCCACUGCUACUGCGCUCGGUGUGGUAACGACCUAUCCGUUGGGUUCGAACGCCGUCACCUGCAACUUCCUGCAGGGCAGCAGCUGCCCACUGUCCGCCAACGAGGAUGUCACCUACCGUUUAACCAUGCCGAUUCUAUCGAUCUACCCGUUGGUUAGCCUUAGCAUCGAGAUUGACGUGCUCGACCAGAACAAUAACUCCGUCACGUGUUUCGUAGUCGAUGCGCAGGUUGUCACUGCCUCGAAGUAAGGCAAAUGGCGAUGUGAAUGAUUGGAAUGGAUUGGACGUAGUAUCUUAAGGUGCUGUGCUUUAGUAGUUGCAAUAAAUUAAAAUAAAUAAGCGAUCGUUUAACAAA